AAAAAUGGGGCCAUGUUAAUCUAAAUCAAAAUUGAAAUCAAGUAAAGAUUUGAAAUAACCAACAUAAAUGAGAAAAACUGAUCAAGUACUCACAAACAAUAACCCAUCACUUAAUCUUCCAAGUUUUUCUCCUAACUAAGAAGUGAAUAGUGAGCCUUCUGAUGAAACUAAAAAGAACUUGUCUUAACUAAAGGUUUAUAAGUCUUCAUUCACACGGUUUUAUAGUGAAAUCACUUAAGGAAACAUGAAAUGUAUGUUUAUAUGUUUAUAUAAAUAAGUGUCAAUGAAUUAGAAGUUGGUUCAGCAUAAUCUAACAGGUAAAAUAAGAGUAGUUGAACAAUAUGAAAGAAAUGAAUAAAAUGAAGAAUUCAUAGCUCAAUUAAAGUGUUAACCAUUGGUAAUGAUUAUAACAUAUAAUUUAUAUAGGAUAAUCCUCGAAUUGUUAAUGUGUAUGAGUUAUUUAUUGAUGGUGAUUUCUUCUAUUUGAUAAUGGAUUAUUGUAGUGGAGGUCAACUAUCGUAUUACUAUGAAGAUAAAUCCAAAAUACCAUUUAAUGAAGCUGAAAUAGCAUCAAUUAUCUAUUAAGCAGCAGAAUCACUUAGAUAUUUAGAAAAGAUUGGAUUAUGUCAUGGCUAUCUUAAUCUAAGUAGUUUUUCUAGAGUUGAUACAUCACAUAAUUUUUAAAUUAAACUAAGUGAUAUAAGGGGUCUAUUUGUGAAACCAGACUUAAAUGAAUAAAAUGUUUUUACUAUACCUCCAGAAGCUUGUUCAAUAAGAGACUAGAAUGUAUUUAACAACUCUAGAGAUCUUUGGAAUUUAGGAGUGAUAGCCUAUUAAAUGAUAUGUGGUUAUCCUCCAUUUGAAGGUAACACUAUUGAAUCAGUGAAAUCUUAAAUUAAAAAGAUGGCUGCAUAAUAUAAUAAUUUUUAAUUCGACAGAGUCUCUAAAUUAUGUAGAUAAUUGAUUUAAAGAGUUUUAGUUCCUAUUAAAUAAAGAAUUUCUCUUUAAUCAUUUAUGAAUGAUCAUUGGUUCAAAAUUAGAAUUAAAUAAAAUGAUCAAAAUAUAUUAAAUAAACUUUAACAAAAUAAAGUUAAAAUUUCUGAAUUGUAACAAUUAUUUUUGAUAUUUAUGAUCAAAAAUAUAUGUUCAGCUGAUUAACAAUAACUUUAUACUGAAUUUGUUAAUUUAGAUGAAAAUUAAGAUGGAUAAUUAACUAAAGAAGAGAUUCUUAAAGUUUAUUCUAAUAAAUUUGAUACAAAAGCUGAAGCAAAAUUAUUUAUAGAAAAUAUUUUUAAAAUUGCAGAUGUAGAUAAAAGUGGAACUAUAGAUUUUGGAGAAUUUUUAGUUGCAAUAACUGACAAAUCUGGAUUGUUAACAGAAGACAAUCUCAAGACUACAUUUAAAAUGGUUGCUUCAAGUAAUGGAAAAAUAACUACCUAAAAACUUAGAUUCCAUUUUAGUACUUCAACAUCUAAAUUAGAUAAAUUAUUUUAAGAAAAUUUUAGUAAUCCAUAAGUAUUAUAUAUAUCAAAUAUAAAUAGAAUGUUGGUUAUUCUGAAUUUGAAUGCUUGAUGAAAUAGUUAUUGUGAUUUUAUAUAUUUAUAAAUAUUCGAGUUGC